AGGCCUCUGUUCUCUACUCUACGAAUUAUGUUUCAAGUAUUUAGAUAUUUGAAAUACUUUUUAGAAUUUACGUUCCGUACAUUUGACACAUCGAAUGAGUUAGAAAACAAAAUGAUAAAGAAAACAAAAUUUUCGGGCUUUUUUCUAUUGACUUUAUUUUUGUUUUUUAUAAUUAUAUUAUUUCAGAUCAACUUUACUUCAUUUCAAGAUAAAAAAGUAACCAACUCCUCAGAUGUACCAAUUAUUCUAUGGUGGACACCUUUUGGUUCUGAUGAAGAAUUCAGAAAAUGUGGAAAUGUGAAAUGUUUUUUCACCAAUAAUCGUUCUGUAAUAACUAAUUCUCAGCUUAAGGCUAUUUUAUUUUAUGGUAGUAACAUAGAAUUAAAUGAUUUACCUCUUCCAAGACAAGUUAAUGUAAUUUGGGGCUUACUUCAUGAAGAAUCUCCUCGAAACAAUUUAAUAUUAGUUCAUAAAGAAGCAAUUCAAUUAUUUAAUUACUCAUCAACAUUUAGUAGAUUUAGUGAUCUACCUAUCAGUUUAGUUGAUUUACCUAAUGAAGACGAGUUAACAGGAAAUAAAUAUUUUUUAUCUACGAUGGAAAAGUCACGAUUGAUAAAACAAAAAAAAUUAGCACCAGUAUUAUUUAUUCAAUCCAAUUGUGAUACAAUGAAUGGCCGUGAUUUGUAUGUUUCUCAAUUAAUGAAACUAAUUUCUAUAGACUCAUAUGGAACUUGUAUCAAUAACAAACAUUUACCAAAACAAUUAAAAGAAAAUUAUCUCAAUCAUCUCGACAGUGAUGAAUUUCGGAAAUUCGUUGGACAAUAUAAAUUUACUUUGGCAAUUGAAAAUGCUGUUUGUGAAGAUUAUAUCACAGAAAAGUUAUGGAGACCUUUGAUUGUCGGAUCAGUACCAAUAUAUUAUGGUUCACCAUCGUUCAAGGAUUGGCUACCAAAUAAUAAUUCAGCAAUAUCUAUAAAUGAUUUUGAAGAUCCCAAGAAACUUACAGAGUACUUAAAAGAGCUUAUAAAUGAUGAUGUACAAUAUAAUAGUUUUCUAAAGCAUAAACUUUUAAAAGAUAGCAUCACUAAUAAUCGUUUACUUGAUAUUUUACAAAAAAGGCCGAAUGAUCUUUUUAAUAUAUUUGAUUAUUAUGUUAAAGAAUUUGAAUGUCUUAUUUGUAGAAACUCGAUAUCUCAAAAUUCCCAUCAUAAAGUAACAAAAAAACAUUAUAAUUGUUCCAAGCCAAAAAAUCUGUACAAGAAUGGAAAAAAAAAUCAAUGGACAGAUAUGUGGGAAAUCGAAUCUUGUGCUGCCAAACUUUUAUAUCAGUCAGUGACCCACAAUAAAACAAUUGAACUUGAUAAGUUUGACAAAGAAAAAUUAAAAAUGUUUCAAAAUAAUAAGUGUAAUUAA